GUUAUGGCGGUUGUGUACUAAUUAUGCUGAACACUUCCUUCCAUGUAUCCCGACGGUUAUAGUUCAACCGUAUAAGGUUCAUAAAAGAUAUACUAUCACAAUUUGAUUGUAGUCAACAAGGGUUUCUUGUUAAUCAGGCAUGCACUAUGUGCGUACAAUCAUCAGAAAACGGAUGUGCAUAACCUACGUCGGAACUACAUCAUAGAUCUCAAAGUAUCAUAUCAUCAAUCAUUUUUACGGCCAAGCCCCGUCUUGAGAGUAUGUUCUUUACAUAAUUUCCGUUGCAAACCUUUGUUUAAAGGAUCUGCUAUCACGAGGUCAAGUCUGAUCAGCUCAAUUGACACUAUUUUGUUUCUGAACCUCCUCCAACGGUGAAAUACUUAUAAUUCCAUAUGUCUGGCACCUCUCGAGUCUGAAUCCAGCAAAGUCUCAAUAUGAAUAUCCAAUCCCUUCUAUAUGGUUGGAUCUUCUGUACAUGAACAUGUAAUUUCUUGUUCCUUGUACCUGAAUGCCUAGAAGAUGACAUGGUUAUUGAUUCUAUAAAGAAAACCGAUUUCUCUCGAUAAUGCCUUUUCUCAAUCUCAUGACUUAAAUGGAAAUUUCGUGCAUUGUUCGAACGAGCGAGGACCGGCUAAAUACAUAUCUUCGUUAAUUAUUGUGGUACGUCCAUCAAAUAACCUUAAUUUUAAGAAGAAAGCAUGAGAUUGUUUAUCUGUUAAUUUUCGCAUUGAUGUUUCUGUCAUUUCCAUAAUAAUGGGGCCAUUUAAUACUUUUAUCUUAUUAAUCCAUGAUUUUGGUAUUUUUCCUGACAGAUGCAUCUACGAGAUGACCAGCGAAUACCAUGCUAAUGAAGGUGUCGAGUUCAUGGAGGAUGACAUCACGCAGAGCAAAGACAAAGCCAUGGGAUUGGACGUGUCCCUUGAGGAGUACCCCUUGGCUAACCCUGACUAUAAAAAAAUGAUUGGUGGCUCCUCCCAAUAAAAAAACAAGAAAGGCUUGAAAGUAGUUCGGCUCGGUCCAAUUGGGAGUGCUUUGAACUUUGAAUGAUGAUGGAGUACUAAAGAGAGGACGUGCCAAUAAGUACCAAGUAGUUCUCUUCAUCAUCUUCAUCAGCUCAAGCCUUCUCCAUUAGCAAUUACAUCAAACCCUUCUCCCACCCUUCUUGAGUUCAGUUCUCUUUGUUUCUUACGAGGCCAACAUGGGAGUUGUCACCUACUCGCAGGAGAUCACAAGUGUCGUUGCACCAUCGAGGAUGUUCAAGGCUUUGUUCCUUGACUCCCAUAUCCUACCCAAGAUCGUUCCCGGGGGCAUCAAGAGCGUCGAGUUCAUCGAGGGAGAUGGCGGAGUUGGUAGCAUUAAGCAAACCAACUUCGGUGAAAGCUCCCAUAUUAUGUACACAAAGCACAAGAUUGAUGCUCUCCACUCAAGUAGCUUUUACUGCAAAUAUACCAUGAUCAAAAGCGAUAUAAAGUUCGACAAGAUCGACUCUGUUGUGGAAGAAGUGAAAUUCAUCGCAGCUGGCAGCGGAUGUGUCUGCAAGAUGACCAGCGAGUACCACGUUCAUGAAAGUUGUGAGCUCAAGGAAGAGGACAUCAAGAAGGGUAAAGACAUAGCCCUGGAACUGUUCAAGGCUGUUGAGGAGUACCUCGUGGCCAACCCCGAUGUUUGCGCCUAAAUGCUUUUCUCAAGAUCCUUUCCGAGCGAUGAUAGAGUAAAGUGAGUGGAAAGUUUGUAUUGUAUCUUCUGUUUUCCCUUUGGCUCUGCCUCGGAACUUUUGGGUGAGGAAAGGUUUUUUAUCGUGUGUUUUGGCAUGUUAUAAUGGGUUUGAAGGUUCUGGGUAAGGUCAUGCCAAACAAUAAAAAUUGAAGGAGCAAUGAGCAAUCCGAUAAAUUAUGGAUUUUGCCCAAGAAAAGAUCUCGCUUUGUGGUCGUGAAGGUGAA